GGUAGGCUGUGGCCCAGGACACGACGCAAACUGUCUGUCAAUAAUAGGCACCAGUAGAAGAAGCCACAUCCUCCACUACAGGCUACUGGUUACUGGUUUCACGAUGUGAUCGCAAGCCGUUUGUAAUGAUCACCAUGAAAAGAAGAAGAAAAGAAAUGGAAUCAGUAGAGAAGAAACAAAAAGAGUUUCACGGUCUGUAUAAUCAGGGAGCAACAUGUUACCUCAACAGUGUUCUGCAGGUUUUCUUCAUGACAACCGAGAUUCACGACAGGUUGGAUCAAAACUCCAAUACAGAUAAGGAGCUGAGAAACCUCUUUAAAAAACUGGAGACAGAAACAUGUUGGACAGUAGACAUCACAAAGAGUUUUGACAUUACAAACGUGCAUCAACAACGUGAUGCUGCUGAAUGCCUGGAGAUGAUUUUACACAAAGUCAGCCCACAGGCCUCCCAGGUUUUCAAAGGAGAGAUGAAAUACUCGACAACAUGCUCUGAAGGCCACAACCUCAACACAGAGAAGAAUCCAUUUCUGACUCUUCCACUGUCACUGAAGGAUGCUAACAUUUCAGACUUCAGUGUGGAGAGUGGCUUUGACAACGUUUUCCAUAAAAAGUCCUUCAUCGGAGACAACCUGGUGUACUGUGAGCAAUGUGGAAAGAAAACAGAGGCCACCAGAAAAUGUGAGAUGCUGGAAUUUCCUCGUAUUCUGGUUCUACUUCUAAAGAGAUUUGACUUUGACAACAACACUAUGUCACAUUUCAAAUCAGACCGCAUGGUAGUGAUGCCACGUACAUUACAGAGACAGGCAAGAGGAAGUACAUUUAAAUGCUUUUCCUUGUGUUUGAUUUUGAAAAUCAUAUAAUGUAACUGACUGUGUUUGUCACUGUAGAACAAGAUGUACAAACUAUGUGGGAUUGUGAAUCACAUGGGCAGCCUUAAAGGAGGACACUACACAGCCACCAUCCUGUCCAAAGAGGACAACACCUGGUAUGAGUUUAAUGACAGUCACGUCAGAAAGCUUGAGGAACAACCAUUUGCAAACUCUGGGACUUACAAUUCCAACACUGCAUAUCUGCUCGUGUACCGAGAAUGCACAAGUUUAACCAACUUCCUGAAGAAACCACUUUGCAUCGCAUCCAUCAUCGGUGGUGGUUUAUUACUUUUGAUACCUGUUAUUCUGUCGACUCUAAACGUAUUUUGAUGGAGAGAGUGGGCAGGACUUAUGUCAGCGUUGAAGAUGAAUUCACAAAUGUCUACUUGCAAGUUUCUACCAAAGUGAUGGUGAACUAAAUUACAUAUUGAGUGCAAUUGCUUAUUUUUUUAAUCAUUAUUUUGAAUUUAUGGGUUUUUUUGAAACAAUUUUGAUGACUAAGAGUCAAAAGUACAUUUGCAGUUAUUUGUGUAUAAAAUGAAACAAAAGAUAGCAGUUUCCCAUUCAAUAUUAGUGAAUAAAGAUAUGGAUUUUAAAAGCAGUAUAUUUCUUUAAGUGAAGAAAACAACCUUAAUUUCUUGUAAUAAAUGUGCAUAAAAAGCA